GUCUUAAAAGAUGUUGAAUAUACUAGUUUUGGUUAUAAAUAUUAAACUAUAAUUGGAUUAAUUGGCAUGCAACGACACAAAACGUGAGAAUUUUACACCUGUGUGGUUUUCUUUUCGCUAUUUUAUAAUAGUUGGAAUAGUUUCAACCGGAAUACAUCAUUACCUUAUUUAAAAAAUAUUUUAGUUAUCAGAAGUCGUUAUUGAAUAUUAAAUAAAAAGGUUUGAAACAAAGUUUCAGCAAUAGAAUUAUUACUUCAGUCAGAAAGACUAAUAUUGUCCGACAUAAUGGGGCACGUUUUAAUGAAAGAAACUAUUGCCUUUUUAACCUUUAUGAGCUUUUGGCCAAAAACAAAAAAAUCCUCCAAAAUCCUGCCUUACUUCAUUCUCUUUUUAAGUUCUUUUCUUCUAUUUGGAAGCGUUAGUUACUUGGUGGUUUAUCGAAAAUUUGGUAAGUUUCGUGCCAGUGAACCCCAAUUUUGUCAAUUUUUCUCAGGUAGCGACGAUAUAGAUACCAUCGAAACGAUAACUAGUCAAUUCGGAGUAUUAUAUUUUAUAGCCCUUUUUAUGUGGAAACGUGAAGGAAUGGUCAAAAUAGUAGCCUUGCUCUCUGAUUUUUCAAAAUUUGGACAACCGCGCUUUUUUGAUAAACGCAACAGACAACUUAGUUUUUUUUUGAAGUACUGUAUCAUCGUUCUAACUGUUUGCAUUGGUGGUGUUCUUCUUUGCCCAGUUAUUUUUUCGGAAUCUUGUGAAAAGAUCAAUCAAGAAACGAACCGAACGAAAGUUUGUGGAGUGGUGUCUAAUGUUUGGGCCCCUUUCGACUACAGUGAAUUUCCGCUGAAGCAAGUGGUUAUAAUUUGGGAGACUUGUUCUUGUUUUGUAAAUCUGGGAUGCGCGGGUGUUAUGUCGUUUACCAUUAUUGAAACAAUGGAACAUUUGAUUAUAAGAAUCGAACAGUUGAAAGAUAUGUUCUCAGAUGUUAUAAAUGAGGACGACAUAGCAAUGAGGCAGGAAAAAUUGAAAAUGUGGGUCAAUUAUCAUUUGCACCUUUUCGACAUUGGACAAUUAAUGACCGACACAUAUCGCUACAGUUUAUCAGUUAUUGUUUUAUGUGUUGGUAUACUUUUUAGCUGUUGUGGGAUUUCCAUGAUGCAGAGCUUAUCUAGUCAUGGUUCAAUAUUCCUCUUCUUGGGGUGGUUACAAUCUAUUGGAAUAUUAUGUGUCUGUGGUCAACGUUUGCUUGAUACGUGUUUAUCUGUUGGAGAUUUGGCGUAUCAUAGCGUAUGGUACGAAAAAGACGUUGCUUUUCAAAAGGCUUUGCUUAUGAUUAUUAUUCGAGCUCGAAGACCCAUUCUUAUUUAUGCCGGACCGUUUUCUUAUUUGUCUUACGUAAUGCUCUUAGGGGUUCUUCAAACUGCCUACUCUUACAUCAACUUGCUCAAAGCAACAUAAAUAUACGUUUAAACGCAAAAGGCCAAAUCAGUUAAAAACACUAUAUUCAAAUCGACACUUUUUCAUUACGAGUAUUUAGCUCAUUGCAGAUAUUUAUUAUAAUAAAAGGCAUGAGGAAGGUUUUGUUUUUAAGUAAAAAAUUUUAAAUUGUUUUUAAAAUUUAAUUAAUCCACAUCAACAUAUUAUGAAAGUAUAACUUCGAAUUCGAUUUCGAAUUUAUUAUGACGUCACAACUCAUAACUCACGUGUGUUUUAUAUUUUAUAAAG